UUCAACAAAUCAUUAAAUGAUUAAAAUGUGUGGUUUUUAAGGAUAAUUUAUGAUUGUGAAUUGCUAUUGGGUUCCACCCCCACACAUCAUUGCCCUAACCCUAGUAUACAGUUUUCUGAAUACUAGAUGUUAGGAGAAGAUUGAAUUAGGACUAAAUUAUUUUAUUGAUGGGUUUCUUUCAUUUCUUUUCCACAGAAUUAUUCCUGGUUUAUUCUUUUAGACUAGCCCCUAGAAUACCAUUAUUUUAACUGAUUUUGGAGAAUUUUCGUGUAUAUAUAACUUGAUUAGGAAUAAAUAUGGGUCUAACAGUCUGCGACGGUUGUAAAGAGACUUUGGUAGUGACAUUAAAAUCAUCAGGGCUAGUAUUCCCCCUAAAUGUCUUUUGAAAGAAUGAUGUUUCAUCGGUUCAGUACAGUUCCAGAGACUUGUGGAAUCCAUGUGAAGGCACGUUGAAGCUGUUCUGGGGGCUUGUGAUGGUCUCAAUUUCUUUAUUCAUUUUUACGUAGACCUUAACUACACAAAAAAGAAAGACAACUAAGACAUUUUCCACAUAAUAAAGAGGGAAUAUAGAAACACAUUGAUUAUCUAAAAGGAGGAAACCUUCUAUUUCAUAAGUCUCUGAUGAAGAAAAAACACACAACUCUAUUGGUAAGACAACUUUUAUGUGCUGAAAUUCUGGAAAGUUGUGAAAAGCAGGCCAAAGAAGAUGCGAAUGACUUUAGAAGAAUAAGAAAAGAGGAUGAAGGAGCUGCACAUGCUAUAACGGAGCACUUACACCACAAUGACAUCAGGAAACAGGAAAUGAAAUCUUAAAACUUUUGAUCAGAUUAGACUUGGUGAGUUAAUUUACACAUAGAGGACGCAGGCUGUUUGUAUGAAAUUUGUGCGCAGGCUACUCUGGAGGCUCGGUAAAAUGGUAGGAAACUGGAACUGGAGCUGUAACAGUACGUUUCAAAAAGAAGUGUUACCUCCCAUCUACGGUGUGGAGAUGUGUGUGGCGCUGGUGGGGAACAUACUGGCGCUGUGGCUGCUUGUGACUAAGGAGAGGAAGAACUGGCACACGGGAGUGGUGUUCUCCUGCAACCUGGUCAUCAGUGAUAUCUUUUACGCCCUCACUCUGCCCCUUCUUAUCGACAACUAUUCAAGAGGACGACAGUGGAUAUUUGGUGAUACUGUCUGCAAAAUAGAGCGCUUUCUCUUCACCUGUAACCUUUACGUCAGCAUUUACUUCAUCAUGUGCAUCAGUGUUAAUAGAUACCUGGCCAUCGUUCAUCCGUUUUUCACACGCAAACACAUUCGCCCAAAACACGCCAAGAUCAUCAGUGUGUUCGUCUGGAUCUUUGUGGCAAGCAUUUCAUCUCCACUUCUCUACUUUUCAGGUCUCAAUAAGGAGAGAUGUUCCUUAUUUGCAAAUCUAGAUAAUAAAUCAAGCCUAAAGUCUACCUACAGGGUGUUUAUGGGUGUUAUAGGCUGCUUUGUCCCAUUUGUAGUUACUUUUGCAUCAUAUUUUGGUGUUUUGUGGGUGGUUUUUAAAAAUGCAAAUAUCACCUCAUUGGAGAAGAAAAAAGUGGCUCUGAUUGUUGGAUUAGUCUGUGUCUUGUACACUGUGUCUUUUGUCCCCUAUCACAUUCUACAGAUAGUGAACUUUGAACUGAGAGAAAAAGGCAAGCCUAAUUGUUAUCUGCGUAAUGGAUUCCAAGUGUCAAAGGCAUUAGCUUGCCUGAACAUGUGCCUCCAUCCCAUUUUGUAUAUGGCUGUGUUUGACAGUAUCAGGGCAGUGUGCUGUAGAAGGAGCUCUAAUGUAUCAAACGUACAGAUCACAGUUGGAGAAAACUUUUCAAAGAACUUUGAAUUGAAAUCCAGAGACUGAGAUUACAAAUUAUUUUCCUGCAAACAUUUGUGUUGAUUUGGAUGUAUGUUUUGGGCCAUUAUCAUGUAGAGUUUCAGAGGAAAAGGGAUCUAAGUUUUGGGCUAAAAGUUUCUGUAUUUAGUAAAAUUGAUAAUAAACUCAGUAUGCACGAUCUGUUAAACAGCCCCAAAAGUCAAUGUUGCAACUCCAUAUUUUAUUUUACAGUGAUUUUGGGGGAUUGUGCUUGUAUGCAUUUGCUAUUGUCAACAAACCUUUAUUUUGGUCUAAUCUAAACUGAUUCCAGUUGUGUAUCCAGGAAUGAGAAGCUCUCAGGAAAAGCUUUUUUUGUGCAACUCAUUCAAGCAGUUUCUCGUGUUUAAUAGGUUUGUUUGAAACUCGACAACUCUCUUGUUUCAGAAAUUAAAACUAAAUCUAAGAUAAAAUAAAGGCAACCUGAAUAAACACAAAAUAUACUUUUUAAAUGAUAAUGUUAUUUAUUGAAGCUAAAAUUUUUUCCAAUACCAUCUGGGCCUGUGUGUACAUGUAUUUGCCCUUGUAGUUACUAAUUCCCUCAAUCUUUGAAACUGCGUUCAUAAUGGGGUUCAGCUGGACUAGACACAACCAGACCUGAUUACUGCAAAUCCUGUUCAAUCAAAUCAAGACUUAAAUAGAAGUUUUUCAACAGCAUGUAGUUGGUUAAAAGGUCUUACCCAGUAACACACAAUGUGAAAAUUGAAAGAAAUUCCAGAAGAUAAUUGAAAUACAUCAGUCUGGGAAGGGUCACAAAGCUAUUUCAAAGGCUCUGGCACUCCAGAGAACCACAGUGAGAGCCGUUAGCUACAAAUAGGAAAAACUUGAUGAUCCCCAAAGCUUGAGGAGAAUGUUCUGUGGAUUGAUGAGUCGAAAGUUGAUGAGUGGAAAUGUUUGGAAGACAGUGGUCCUGUUACAUCUGGCGUAAUCCAAACACAGAAUUCCACAAAAAAAAAUCAUCAUACCUACAGUCAAGCAUGGUGGUGGGAGUGUGAUGGUGUGGGGAUGCUUUGCUGCUUCAGGGCCUGGGCAACCUGCAUUAAUUUAGGGAAACAUGAAUUCUGCUCUCUACCAGAAAAUCCUAAAGGAGAAUGUCCAGUUUUCAGUCCAUAAAUUGAAACUCAAGCGCAACUGCAUUGUGCAGCAAGACAAUGAUCCAAAGCAUAGGAGUAAGUCCUAGUCCUAGAAGUAAAUGAUUAACUGAUCUCCAGUUAUCGGAAGCCUUUGGUUGCAGUUAUUGCUGCUAAAGGUGGCAUGACCAGAUUUUAAGUUUAAGGUGGCAAUUAGUUUUUCACAUUGGUGAUAGGUAUUUGUUUGUUUGUUUUUUAUUUCAAUAAUUUUUUUUUUCAAUAAAACCUGUAUUGUGUGUUUA